AUGACAAGUAUAUCUUCAUAUAACAAUGAUAAAGUGGUUCAAGGUGAAGUUGAGUAUCCUGCAAGUGACCCAGCUUCAGGAGCUUUCUUCCAACCGGAUUAUAAAAAAAAUGAAGACCUUAAACUCAUGCUGGAUGGAUCCAAGGAUUCACUUAAAUUGGAGGCAAUGAAGAGAAUCAUUGGUAUGAUUGCCAAAGGAAGAGAUGCAUCUGAUUUAUUUCCAGCUGUAGUAAAAAAUGUAGUAUCCAAAAAUAUAGAAGUGAAGAAGCUGGUGUACGUAUAUCUUGUGCGCUAUGCGGAGGAACAGCAAGAUUUAGCUCUUUUGUCUAUUAGCACCUUUCAAAGAGCACUGAAGGAUCCAAACCAGUUAAUUAGGGCAAGCGCAUUACGAGUUUUAUCAUCUAUUCGAGUUCCAAUGAUAGUGCCUAUUGUAAUGUUAGCUAUCAGAGACUCCGCUAGUGACAUGAGUCCAUAUGUUAGAAAAACUGCGGCACAUGCUAUACCUAAAUUGUAUAGCCUUGAUCCAGACCAAAAGGAAGAAUUAGUGGCAAUUAUAGACAAACUCUUGUCAGACAAAGCCCCACUAGUUGUUGGUUCUGCAGCUAUGGCUUUCAAUGAAGUAUGCGGGGAUAGAAUGAGCCUCAUUCAUAGAAGCUACAGGAAACUUUGCGCUCUUCUAGCUGAUGUAGAUGAAUGGGGGCAACUGACACUGUUGAACGUUCUUACUGUGUAUGCCAAGACUUGUUUUCCGGAUCCUAAUAGUGAAGCAUAUUCAAGCGAUAGUGAGAAACCGUUCUACGACUCGGAUAGCGACGGAAGCGACACGAAGCGAUCGCUGAGCUCGCCCACUGUGGAGCCGGACCUGCGGCUGCUGCUGCGCGCCGCCAAGCCGCUGUUGCAGAGCAGGAACGCUGGCGUCGUCAUGGCAGUUGCACAACUGUUCUACCACUGUGGGCCCGUUCAAGAAAUGCCGCCCGUCGCCAAGGCCAUGGUGCGGUUGCUGCGCGCGCCCAUCGAAGUGCAGAGCGUUGUGUUGAACUCCAUCGCCUCGCUCACUGUGACGAGACGGUCACUCUUCGAGCCAUUCCUCAAGUCGUUCUUCGUGAGAAACUCAGAUCCCACACACAUAAAGCUUCUAAAGCUGGAAAUCCUAACGAAUUUAGCCACCGAGGCCAGCGCUCCGGUGGUCUUGAGGGAGUACCAGACGUAUGUCACGUCCAGUGACAAGGCAUUCGUGGCAGCGACCAUACAAGCUAUAGGGAGACUCGCUGUGGCCAUACAGACUGAGACUGAGACCUGUUUGAAUGGAUUGCUGCAUCUGCUUUCUAGCAAAGAUGAGUGGGUGGUGUGCGAGGCGGUGGUGGUGGUGAAGCGCGUGGUGGGCGGCGGCGCGUCCUCCGCCAGGGCCGCCGUGUCGCGCGCCGCCAAACUCUUGCGGUCUGAUAGGUUGGCGGGCAACGCUCGAGCGGCGGCCGUGUGGCUGGUGGCCGAGCACGGGGCGAAGCACCCGCGCGCAGCCGCCAUACUUGCACACAUGGCGUCUAAUUUUGCCGAUCAGGAGGAAUUAGUGAAACUGCAGCUGCUCUCGCUGGCGGUGAAGCUGUCGAUCACGCAGCCGGACACGGUGCCCGUGUGCCGCUACGUGCUGUCGCUGGCGCGCUACGACGCCAGCUACGACGUGCGCGACCGCGCGCGCCUGCUACGCCACUUCGUAGCGCCCGGCCACGGCGCGCUCUACGCCUACGCGCGUGACCUCUUCUGCCCGGACAAGCCGAAGCCGUGCGUGCAGUCUCAUUUUAAGGACCGCGACCAGUACACGGUGGGGUCGCUGUCGCAGUACAUCGGCACAGCGGCGGCCGGCUACCGCGCGCUGCCCGCCGCGCCGCCGCGCGCGCUGGCCGCCGCCGCUCGCGACGCCGCGCCCGCGCCGCCGCCGCCCGCCGACGACGCCCGGAAAAAGAGUUUCUAUUCGGAGCCGGACAGCAACGGCUCGGGCUCCUCUUCAUCGUCAUCAUCUGAGUCCAGCGGAUCUGAAGAAUCUUCUGAUGAAGAAGAGACUAACGAUGCUGAAAAGAAAACGGAGAAGGAAAAGCCAACCAAUAAUUACAAGUCAUCUAACUCUGAAUCGUCGGAUUCCGAAUCUGAUAGCGAAUCUUCAUCGAAUGCAGAAAGUGAAUCGGAGAGUUCGGAGAGCAGUGAAGGCGAGAAAGAGAGUAAGAAAGAAGAGAAGGAGGAACAACCUAAACAAGAAGGGAAAGAGCAGAAAAAUGAGAAGUCCAAUCUGGAACUGCUUCUGGAACUCGAUGAAGUUGCCAGUUCUUUGCCCACUAUGACGCCCACGUGUGGGGGGUUCCUGUCACCACCCACCGUCGCACCUAGUGGGAUUGGAGAGACUGAGCACAUAACCCCGGUGGGUCCCUCGUUGGUGCCGGCCGCGCAGGCGGAGGCCAUCUCCCGCGUGCGCGCGGCGGGCCUGAGCGCGCGCCGGCGCUGGACGCGCGCGCCGCACCUGUACGCGCGCGCCAUGUGCGCGCUCGACCUCGUCUUCACCAACCACACUGCGGAUGACGUGGAGAACAUCAGGGUCAAUAAGAAAACUCUGACGGGGUCGCGCUCCAUACACGAGUUCGCGCCCAUCCCGCGGCUGGCGGCCGGCUCGGCGGCCUCGCGCACGCUGGGGGUAGACUUCGCGGACUCCAUACAGCCUAUAGAGUUCACUGUCAUCAGCUCACUUGGUGAAGUUCCGGUGUCCAUAACGCCGCCAGUGGGCGAGCUGAUCCGCGCAGUGACCAUGUCGCCGACGAGGUGGGACUUGGAGCAAAAGAAAUUGAGAGGCAUGACUGAGUGCAGUAAAAACGCGGCGAAACUACAAGACGAGCAGGCGACGUGUAAACGCGUGUUUGAAACAGCCAACGUAGCCGCCAUCACGUCUACUGGGGACUUCCUUAGAUUCGCCGGCAGAACGAUGUCAGCUCAAGAUCUAGUUUUAUUAUCUGUGAAAAUAGAAGAAGAUGGCGCCAUCGUUACCGCCAACUGUCCCAACAUGGCGAUAGCGUCCUUACUCGCCAAUGCAGUCGCACAGGCUUUGAACAAAGAG